AUGACUCAGGGUCCUUCGUUCACCGUCUUCUUGACUUCCAAUGUGCUUGAACCAUGCACCUAUCUCUCUCUGCAACAUGGGAACGCUAGCCAACACCCUUCGGACGGAUCAAGCGUGUCCACCGUUGAACUUCGAUCGCUGUCAUCUGUGCCAGUCGAACCAGCGACACACAAAGGGCGCCGAGUCAGUGACGUGCAAAAUGAACGCGCCGCUAUCCCCAGAUCCGACCAGCCAUCUGGAACCACAGAAUCGCCUCCAUCAACCGCUCAGACGCUUCAGAUAUCCAAAGCCAAAGCCGUGACAGUCAUAAUCACUCUUGCCGGGAUCAGUUUCCUGAAUGUCAUGGGUUCUGGUAUCCUCAUUGCCGCCCUCCCGCGAAUUGCAAAACAUGUUAGCAUAUCUGAAGGUCUGAUCCUCCGGCCUGCUGCUGUCUACUCCCUUGCAGCUGGGUGCCUGCUUCUCAUGUUUGGCGCAGUUGCAGACAUUAUUGGGCCAAAGCUCAUGUGGGUCACUGGGAGCUCUCUUUUUGUUGCAUUCACUGUGGCAGUGAGUGCUGCAAGAACAGGUCUUCAGGUCAUUCUCUUCCGGACUUGCCUUGGUGUUGCUAUUUCUAUGUGUCUACCAACAGCUGUUAGUCUGAUCGCGAAUACCUUCCCAAAGGGUACAUGGCGGAAUGUUGCUUUUGCUAUGAACGGGAUGGGCCAGCCGCUUGGCUAUGCACUUGGACUAGUUCUUGGUGGUAUCUUCACAGACACAAUUGGGUGGAGAUGGGCAUAUAAUAUGAUGUCAUUACCAUCAGUGCAUCACCAUUCAAACAAGAAAUUGACACGUCGGCUCAUUGAGGAUGUUGAUUGGCUUGGUGAUAUCCAGAAUAUUGUGCUUCUUGUGGUGUCAGGUGUCUUACUGGUUGCAUUCCCAUGCUGGAUGUAUUAUCAAGUCAAGAAUGGAAGGCCAGCACUUAUCCACAACAAGCUUUUGGACGAAUUCUUCGUUCACUUCCAUUUGCAUUUCUGUCUUCCUGUCUUCCAAACGAUCCAAGAGCUUUCUGCCCUGCAGAGCUCAAUCAGAUUCCUGCCCAAUGUCAUCAUGGGCGUGCUUGUAAAUAUAGUUACAGCAUACUUUGUCGCACGAGUUGAACUUCGGACGCUGGGUGUAAUUUCAGCCUUGAUAACCAUGAUUGCCCCGGUACUUAUGGCAACUGUCGACAUCGACGAGGACUAUUGGCUUGCUCCAUUUUGGGCUUUAUUAUUCUCACCGGUUAACCCCGAUAUGCUAUUCACCCUUUCCAAUCUCGUCAUCUCAGACUCCUUCCCAGCUGACAUCCAAUCCCUUGCCGGUGGUGUUUUCAAUGGCGUUUCUCAGUUCGGCAAUUCACUUGGCCUAGCGGCGACUGCUGCAAUUGCUGCAUCUGUCACGGAGCACUCGGAUAUCAAUCUUAGCCAUAAGGAGCUGGUGAUGAAAGGCUAUCGGUCUGCCUUCUGGACUAUAUUUGCGGCGACCACACUAGUUGUCAUCGUUAGCGUUUUUGUGGAACUGUGGGGAAAAAGGAUGAGUGAAGAGUUUCGGCCUCUCAAAUAUCUUUCCAGGUUCCCUCUGCGGGUUGGCUUUGGAGAGUUGGGCCGAGAAUAG